AUGGCGCGCCAGUCCGCAGCACGUCCUGCGCAGGGCAGGACAGCUCGUGGCCGUCGCUCAAAGUCUGAGUCCGCAAGUGAAGACCGAGUCCCUGAGGUCUACCAGGAGAUGUUGGAAGAGGCUGAAGCUCGAGAUCCUGGGCAUUUUCUGUCAGAUCGACCGAUCAAGAGGCGCAAGAUUGGAGACUCGAGGUCUCUCCAGACAAGGGCUAUCCCCGUCGACUCUCCGCCGCCAGAGCAGGCCAAGGUGGCUCCAUCUCCAGAUGAAAAUAUUACUCAGAAGGUUCAGACGGUCUAUGAUUCCACCACCUCUGAUGAAUCAGAUGUGGAAUGGGAAGACGUGGACGUUGCACAACCUGCCCGAGGACUAUUUGGCACGGCCACCGAGAAUGAAGGCAGAGAUGAAACUCUACAGAUUACCCUGGAUCGAGAACCCAACGUACGCAAAAGAGCACCCCCAAGAAGGAAGCCGAUCACCGCAGCAGAGAAAAAGAUACGAUUAGAUGCUCAUAAGGCUCAUCUUCUUUGCCUCUUGGCUCAUGUUAACUUGAGAAACCGGUGGUGCAACGAUCAUACGAUACAGCGUUAUCUCAAAAUGAUGCUACCGAAGAAAAUCAUUGCUCUACUGAACCCCAACGAGGAUAAGCCACAAUUUACGAGAUCGACUACAUUUAUCGACGGUCUCAAUCAAGCUGGUGACAUUUUUGGUCGGAGAUUUCGGAUUACCAAGCCAGGCCUGAAGCGCGCGCACUGGGCUGAGGAUCAAGAACAGCUGAAACAGAAAAUGGAAACAAUCAUGUCCGACGCUGAAGUGUUCUUCUCCAAGGAGGAGUUCCAAUCCCAAGCCAGGAUAUUGCAGGGCUCUCGUGACUUCGGAGCCCAGCUGUUCUGCGCUUUGUUGCGUUCAGCUGCCGUAGAGGCAAGGCUUGUCUGCUCACUUCAACCGCUCCCAUUCUCAGGGACCGUCAAGGAUAUGACACCAUCCAAAAAUCCAUCACAGUAUAUUGUCAUAUCCUCUGAUGAUCAUGACACAUCUACCGACGAGCAGCAGAAGUCAAACAGUGGACUGGCAACUCCAUCACAGACACGACGGAUUGGGAGACCCGAAUUUACUUCACGCCCUGCUCAAAAAUCCGUACGCCUAGGCUCUCUACCAACUCCCCGAGAAUCCUCGUAUCCAGUUUUCUGGGUUGAAGCCUUCAACGAGGCGGUCCAAAAAUGGAUUCCAAUUGACCCUUUGGUAACCAAGACCUUGGCAAAGCCCUCGAAAUUCGAGCCCCCUGCAAGUGACCCAUACAACAACCUGAAUUAUGUGGUCGCCUUUGAGGAUGACGCAUCAGCGCGAGACGUUACUCGACGCUAUACCAAAGCUUUUAACGCAAAAACCCGCAGGUCCCGAGUAGAGACCACACGCAAUGGAGAAAAAUGGUGGCAUGACGCACUGAUCGCCUAUGAAAAGCCAUUCCUAGAGGAUCGGGAUGAGGCUGAAAUCAGUGAAUUGACCUCCAAAUCUGCCGCCGAACCAAUGCCGCGCAACAUUCAGGAUUUCAAAGACCACCCUGUCUACGCGCUGGAGAGACACUUGCGACGGAAUGAGGUGAUCUUCCCCAAACGUGUCAUAGGACACGUCGGUUUAAGCAAGACUACCACAAAAAGUGACAAUCUGGAGUCCGUCUAUCGUCGCUCUGACGUACAUAUCGUACGCAGUGCCGACAAAUGGUAUCGGCUGGGACGGGAUGUCAAGGUAGGCGAACAGCCUCUCAAGCAUGUCCCCGCGAUCAGGCCGAAGAGCGGAGUCGCUAGUGACGAAGAUGAGGAAGAGACCGAAGAUACCGCUCUCUACGCAGAGUAUCAAACCGAGAUAUACCGGCCUCCUCCCGUGGUGCAAGGGAGAAUCCCGAAAAAUACAUACGGAAAUCUGGAUGUCUACGUUCCUAGUAUGGUUCCACCGGGAGGAGUCCACAUCAAACAUCCCGAGGCAGCUCGAUCAGCAAAACUUCUGGGCAUUGACUAUGCAGAUGCAGUGACCGGGUUCGAGUUCCGAGGACGGAGGGGCACUGCGGUGUUUGGGGGAAUCGUCAUUGCCCAAGAAUUUCAAGAAGCCCUUGACGAGGUGCUCAGAAGUCUCGCCGAUGAGCGACGCCAAGCUGCCGUUGAAGCGAGAUCUGUGGAAGCUCUGCGACUAUGGCGCCUGUUCCUCAUCAAAUUAAGAAUCGCGGAAAGAGUGAAAGUCUAUGCAGACGACGAUGAGAGAAUGGAGUAUGACGAUGAGCCAGAGCCAGAGCCCGAGCUAGAAAGCGAUGGGGACCACACUGAAGAUGCUGGAGGUGGAUUCAUUCCCGAAGAGGGCGGAGGUUUUGUACCUCAAGAUGCCGGUGGCUUUCUCCCCGAGGACGGCGGUGGAUUUGUUCUUGAGGCGGAUGAACCGGUUGCCGAAGAGGAGGGUGGAGGCUUCGUUCCUGACGAGCCUGGUGAAGGAGGCUUUACUCAGGAUGGAUCAACGGAAGAACCUCCCGCACCAGUCACUCAGCGACCAAGUACGGCUCCAUUGCCUGCGAAUUUGCUGAGAGACAAGCGACCUAAAGCGCGUCAAGCUCCUCGAUAUGAGUUGAUUGUUGUGCCAAACAAACCCGAGUCUAAAUCAGAUGGAGAGCACCAAGCCGGCGGGCUCGAGAAGAGGCUCGAUGGAUCAUCUGCGACGGCUCCAAUUACAGUCGACUCGUCAACCAACGGUGGCUCUAAAUCUGCUAGUGUGGACAUCGUUUCUCGUCCACCGUCUCUCCCAGAGGCUACCCAGUCUCCACCCCCUCCAGAUUCUGAUAGCGAGAUUGAACAAGGGUCUCUCCUAUCUGAGGAUCCCGAAGAUGAAGAUGCGAUCCCAGAGUGGCUUAUGUAAAAAGACAUUUGUGCAUACCUAAUUGUGAUUGUGAUCUUUUCAGUUGUCAGAAGCAUUGUCCAUAGCUGAAAGACAUAUUCUAGCCAUGUUUCAUUCUAUUCUCAAGAAGCCGCGACACCGUGAAACUAAAAUAAAACCAUGAAUUUGCCA